GAAUGUUAGUUUUGUUGUUAUUUACUCUAAAUUGCGUGCUGGCAUUAGCGGAUCAUGAUGGUUCAGGGGACCCACUAGAUUGGUUAAGGUCAAGUAUCCCUGGAGAACCUGGAGAAGAUUACCCAAUCCUAGGUUCAGCUAAAUCAACAUUCUCUUGUGAAUCCAGGCUUCCAGGAGGUUACUAUGCAGACCCUGAUUUAGGAUGUCAGGGCUAUCAUGUAUGUCUAGCUGGAAGAAGAAAGAUGACCAAGAUUUCUUUUCUCUGUCCAAAUGGAACCAUAUUUAACCAAGCCAAGUUUAUUUGUGAUUGGUGGUAUAAAGUAGAUUGUGCCCAAGCAGAAUCAAGCUACAUACUUAACAAUGAGAUUGGAGUUGUCAGCAUCAAAACAGAAAAUGAAGAAAAAUCACUUCCAGUUCCAAGCUCUAAAAGAGGACAGAACAAAAAGAUUGUUUCUACAGAACAAACUGCAGUUGAUGUAAACAAAAACAUUAGGCCCAGGCCAUCUAAAAAAUCUGAAGUCACAGCAAAAAAGAAAAUAUUGGACCCAACAUCUGAAAAUGACAUUUCAACACCUUUGCCUACUACAAAUGAUCCAUCAUUUGUUGAUAAGGUUGAAAAUGUAAAAGUUGUGUCUAAACCUUCAGACACAAGUGAAAAAAUAGAUAGAAAAAGUAAACCAUCGACGGCCAAUAAGCAACCUCCUACUAAAUCUAAGCCAAAGGAAACACCUACUUUAGACUCCCCUUCUAAGGCACCAGUAUCCCAACCUGACAAAGUUGUUACACAAUCAGUUACAUCUUCCUCUCCUGUACUUUUCACGACCACUGAGGAAAACUUUAUCCCUGGAAAGAAAGGAAAUAAGCAGCCAAUGAAACCUACUCCUCGUUACCAAACCAAUGCUCAGAGUAUCCAGACGGGCAUUAGACUGCAGAAGAGUAAACAACCAGAAGUUGGACCAAGAGAAGAGAAUCAAGUAACUAACUCAGAGUCCAAUCAAGAACAAGCUGCUUUCAGACCUGCUUCAAGACCAGUUCCAGGAAUUCAAACACCUAGUGGAAGUGGGGAUGUGCUGUCCCAAGGAGCUUCUAGAGGAUCUAAACAAAAAACUAAAGUGCCAUCCAACUCCUACCUCCCAGCAAAUCUACCCUUUGACCCACCAGCAGCUGUCGAAAAGGAGGGAUUCAAGAAUUCAAAAAUACCCAAUGAACGGAAAGAAUUUCGAUUUGAGGAUCCUGUUUUGUUUACACUUCCUCCCCUUCCUGAAGCAAAAAUACCUAUUGACCUCACAGAUUUGACCCUGUCCGACUCUUCUCUGCCCAGUGUGGGGGAGGAGGUGGAGGAGCCAAUUAUUGCUCAAUACGACGCUACAAUUCCAGAAACAGAUACAGAUUCUAUUGGGGAUACUGACACAACUCUAGAAAAUCUUCUUCAGUCCUUCAAUCUUCAGCUGGAUAUCCCUAAAGUUAAAAACCCAUAAAAAAAUUAUUUUUGAAAAUUUUUAUUAUUUGUAAAAAACGAAUCAAUGAGGGAAAAUUGAUAAGACAACAUGAAAGGGAUUUAGUCUUCGCUGCAAACUCUGAUUUUUAAUCCAUAUAUCUUUGCAACCCAAUGUUGUAGACCUUAAAUGUUCAAAACU